CUGGCAACCCAGAUGGUUUCCAUUUGACUCAUCUCGAGCGAGGAAACUUGGUCAACUUGUGUAAAGGGAGUUACUGUUCAUGUGCUUAUCACUAUUAGACUAUUACAACUCUGUUUUUUAAAUUAGUAUAUUAUUUAUCCUCUCUCCUGAUGGCCUUGCAUGGAAUUCUGGGAAAUCUGGGAGCUUCAGAACAACAACAGCAGCAGCAGCAACAGCAGCACAGAGGAUGAAUUAAAGAGCAUUAUCUUCUUGGGUUCUCCGCAUGUUCUCUUCCACAAUGCUGAGGUUCUGUUUGCAGAGAACCCUGAGCCCGUGUGUGCGAGGAGCACAGAAACGCUGGCUCGGCACACACAAACACAAAGAGAAGCUCGAACUGCUAAACACUCCGAAAGGAGCCAAGGACUUUAUCUACAGCCUGCAUGCUACAGAGCGCAGCUGCUUACUGCGAGAGCUGCAGAACUUCGAGUCCAUCGCCAUCGCUCAGGAGAGCGCCCCGUUUAGGAGAGGGUCCAGCAGAGACAGGGUUCCAGCUGAAGUAACUGAGGAGAAACUGGAGUCGUCGCCGCCCAGCGCCAGUCAACUGAGAUACGUGCUGCUUCACAACGCCAUCCCGUUCGUCGGCUUCGGCUUCCUGGACAACGCUAUCAUGAUAGCUGCAGGAACCCAGAUUGAGCUGUCCAUCGGAGUGACCUUCGGAAUAUCAACUAUGGCAGCGGCGGCGUUGGGAAACUUGGUUUCUGACCUGGCUGGACUUGGGCUAGCAGGUUAUGUGGAGGCUCUAGCUGCGCGGUUGGGGAUGCAGAUUCCUGAUCUUACACCCAAACAGGCUGACAUGUGGCAGACCAGACUCAGCUCACACCUAGGGAAGGCGAUCGGCGUCACCAUCGGCUGCCUGCUCGGGAUGUUCCCGCUCCUCUUCCUCGGUGAUGAAGAUGAAGAGGAGACGCAGAGUGCGGCAGUAACUCCACUCGCAGACUCGAAAUAAUUUUAUACACUCCGCCACACAAUGACACCGCACAGCAACACUAUUACAAUUAUUUUUUUUUCUUAAAAGUCUACUAAUUUUCUUAAAAAUUAAUUUACAAAAACGUGUCUGAAGAUUUAGUUUAGUUUUGUACUGGAGCUACGAGGCGAACAUAUCUAACACGUAAGGUCUAUAUACUUGCUGUUUUUAAGCAACGAAAUCAUUCUUUAAUUAGACAAACCAUAACAAAUUUACAUCCAAAGUGAAUCUGCAUAAAGUUCCAGAAAGUUCCAACGUCAGUCCGGUGAAUCCAGUUGUCCAGGAUGGCCGACUAAUAACACUACACUGUUCAGCUACACGGUGAGGUUUUGUUGAUGUAUAAAGAUGACAGUAGGUCACACUGCAUCCUAAACCGCAUCAGCACGUGUGUGUGACAUCAGACUGGAUGUGGUUUGAGGAAGAUAUUUAUAGCAGAAGUCUUGGCUACAUGACAUUAGCCUCGUAGCUGUAGUGCACAACGAAAGGAACUAACUUCAUACACAGAUCAUGUCUCGGCUGACUGACUACAUUCUGAGAAAUCAUGUUUAUUAUUGUAUUUUUUUAUGCUGAAUUAUUCCUCAGAAGCUCAAAUGGAAGUCUUUGGUUGUAAUGAUGUACUUUAGCAGAUUUGCACCAGAGAGGAGGGUAAACUAUCUCAGAUUGGAGGGCUUGAUGACUAUUAUGAUAUUAUAAAUAAGGUGCCAACAUCUACGAUUUAGAUGGAGCAUCUACGACAUUUACGACCCCUUGCUUCUGCAAUAUGAGAGACUAGCUACAACUAUGAGAGACUCCAAAACUACGCUUUUCUGCUUUCUCAGAUAAAACAACAGUCAGAACAAACAUGACAGAAAAGACAGUUCACUGAAGGGGAAAGGACACGCUACGUGAAAGACACGCAUUUGCUUCUGGUAGCCAUUACUUUCAUUUCGCUCCAACUUUUGCUGUGUGGAAUACCUCGUAACUCAGACUUGCAUCUCUGACCUCACUCAUCACAGUCAGCUGGCUAGAUUGUUGCUAAAAUAAGACGAACAUGGAAUUCCCACUUUGUAAAUGACAUUAUUCCGUGUUCCCACUUCUGAGUUAAGUCGAAUGCUGCCUUUAUCUAGGUGAACGUUGACCUGUAAAUUCACAAGCCUCGGUCUUGUGAGAGAAUAGAAACCAAGAAUGCAGGGCUGUGGUCUCAUAGCCUGGUUAAAAAAAAAAAGUCUUUUACCUCGCAAUUUUCUUACUGUUGCUUGGCGCACAUUUGAGAGAAAAAAAAAAUAGCCAUCUCGUCCAACAACAUGUGCUAGGGAUUCUUGUGAUAAAAUUCUGUUUUUUUUUUUCUCUGCCUGCUAGGAUUUUCUUGUUAGCAAUUUUGGCACAUCUUUAAUCCUAGUCUUUUUUAAAAUCUAUAUAUUUAUAUACAGAAACUGGCCUAUUUCAUAUAGUUUCAUAUAUAUAUACACCUGCUCACUAACAAGUGCCUUCUCCUGAACAUGAAGUUCAGUCUUACUUCUAUUAUGAUCCUAAGUUGCUUUGAAUAACUCAUUUCACAGCAACAGCGAACAAAGAAGAAGCAAUAAACAUAGCAUAUAUUAGUAUUUAGUUCCUCCUCGAUUAUCUACAGUAGUCUGAAUGGGAGGAGGCUUGCUAUUAGAACUUAUAUUAGCUGUGAAAGCUUUGCUUUUACUGAAGGACAGGACAUUUCAUACUGAAACACGACGUGCUUACGGACACUCUGUGAUCAUAUAAACACUAAAAGCCAGUUUUGUUGUCACAGAGGUUUAGUCACAUUAAUCUAAAUGUCUGAAGGAGCAGUUUGUUAGCGGUUUGCGCUCUCUGCUGACUAGGGGGUGGACUGCAAUGGCAAUGAAAACAUUAACAAGCCUUAACAAGCCCUUUGACCCCACCCUCUAUGUUGAAACUAUAUCCUGUGUAUGUUACUUUCUAGCUGGGGGUGGGGCUAAUUUCUGGGCUGAAGCUUGAAAUGAAGAAAUUAGCCAAAUCCGAUAAAUGGAAAUACUGCAGUGUUCAGUUUUUCUAAGGUCUAAUUGGAAUUUUAGGUUUGUUAUAGAUUUAGAAACACUUUUUUAAAAUCACAAACCUCACCUUUAAACAAAGUUCUCAUAAGUCUGGAAAGUUGUCCCUCAUGUUAGCACGAAUCAUGUCAUCUCAUGACUUUAUGUAUUUUUUUUUAUGUGUGUGUUUGAUAUCAGCAUUAAUGUUUGUGUCUUUUUAUCAAGUGCUGCAUGCAAGUAGGAGCUACGUUUUCCUGCACAGAUGAUGCUAAUCAUAAAAAGCUAGAUUUUACUGGAAAUAGGAAAGUAUUUGGAUUGAUCCAAGUUUGGAAACAAGGCCACACCUACAAACGCACAUUUCGUAACUGUUUAAAGGGGGAGAUAUUUUAACCGUAUGUGGAUGAUAGCUGAAGAAUCUGGAUGAAUUUGCUUUGUGCCUUACUGACAUGUGACCGUCUUGAAGGAUGUAAACGUGAACGUCUCAGCAGUCGUCCUGUUGUAGAUGGACUGAUAUUGUUUUAUAUCACACAGUUGAUUCUGCACUAAAUGGUCACAUGGAAUACAGAAUGUACUUUGCUCAAGCAUACUAACAUGCUAACAAUCUGAGGUUGAAUAAAUAUAUUAAUUAUGAGAAAA